AUGUCUAAGAAUCAAACAAUCAAAGACCAGAUAAUUUCCAUUUCUGUUUCAGAUGGCGUCGAAUAUGACGCUCAACAAGAGCAUGAAAUUGAUCAGUAUCUUUAUCAAAAGAAUUCUUGGUGGACUUAUCCACACUUAAGAAAGUUACAUCUUUUUGUAUUUUUAUGCACCCUAGCUACUACAACUAACGGUUAUGACGGUUCCAUGUUGAACGGUUUGCAAGUACUUCCAGCUUGGCAGGAAGCUAUGGGUCACCCAGAAGGCUACAAGCUUGGUUCUCUUGCCAAUGGUACACUUUUUGGUUCUGUUCUUUGUAUCUUUGUUGGAGCUUGGAUAUGUGACAAGAUCGGUAGAAGAAAUACAAUCACUGCUGGUUCUGGAAUUGCGGUUGUGGGUGCUGUUUUGCAAGGAGCCUCUACUAAUUUUGCAUUCUUUUUGAGUUCUAGAAUUUUAAUUGGUUUCGGUGGUGGUCUUUGUGCCAUUGCUGCUCCAGCAUUGAUUGCUGAAAUUUCUUAUCCAACUUUUAGACCAACUUGUACUGCCAUUUACAACACCUUCUGGUAUUUUGGUGCAGUCAUUGCUGCUUGGGUCACUUUUGGUACUCAAAACUUGAAUGGUGGGGCAAGUUGGAGAAUUCCUUCUUAUCUCCAAGCGGCAUUACCAGCUGUACAAUUUCUCACUAUUUGGUACUUUCCCGAAUCACCAAGGUGGAUGAUUGCUAAAGGAAGAGAAGAACAAGCCAGGAAAUUCUUUUUUGAAUAUCACACUGGGGGUGACCAAGAUGAAAGAUCUGUUAAAUUGGUAGAAUUUGAAAUAAAAGAAAUCCAAGCUGCUUUGGAGAUGGAAAAGAUUUGCUCAAACUCGAAAUACACUGACUUCUUAACCAUUCCAUCUUACAGAAAGAGAUUAUUCUUGAUUUCUUUUACUGCUUGUAUUAUGCAGUUAUCUGGGAAUGGUUUAGUUUCCUAUUAUCUUGGAAAAGUCUUGACUUCAAUCGGAAUUGAAUCUUCAAACGAGCAGCUAAUUAUCAACGGUUGUCUUAUGAUAUAUAACAAUGUUAUUGCUUUGUCCGUUGCUUUUGUUGUCUACUUAUUUAGAAGACGAACUUUGUUCUUAACAUCUAUAUCAGGUAUGCUUGUCAGUUACAUUGUGUGGACAGCUUUAUCUGCAAAAAAUCAACAAAGGAACUUUGAGGACAAGUCAUUAGGAAGGGGUGUUCUUGCAAUGAUCUUCUUAUAUUAUUUUUUCUAUGAUAUUGGUGCUAACGGUUUACCAUUUUUGUAUGUUACUGAAGUUUUACCUUAUACUCACAGAGCAAAGGGUCUAAACGUAAUGUACGGUGUCCAGAUGGUAACUUCAGUUUACAAUGGUUACGUCAAUCCUAUUGCCAUGGAUGCACUUGACUGGAAGUACUACAUUGUUUGGUGUUGUUUCUUGACGUUUGAGUUGGUCAUUGUCUAUCUUUUCUUUGUGGAAACUUACGGUUACUCUUUGGAAGAAGUUGCAAAGGUUUUCGGUGACGAUGCACACUCGCCUCUCAUUUCCUUAGAUACUGGCAAUGGCAAAACUUCCAUCGAACAUUUGGAACAAAUUUCUUCUGUUGAAGUCGGAAAAAGUGUUUGA